AUGAUGAUGAUGGAUCAUCAUAUGGGUAUAGGAAUCGACGAGGAUGAAGUUGGAAAGAAUCUGAAAACAGGUGAUUUGGUGACGUUCUACUCGGAGCAAGAAGAGGAAGAAGGAUUCUUUAGUAAAGCACACGAUUCCGCUGUACUUCAACCGAACAAAUCGAAGGAAUGUGUAUUCAAGAUACAUCCAAUGACACAAUACACCGCGAGGAAAGCUUUGAAAAAGAAAAAGAGACAGGGUGGCGGUGGAACCAACAGUCCCAUUGGAACGUUGGGUCUCGGUGGAAUGGGUGGUGGUGAUCCUGCCGACCAAGAUCGUGACCAAGAGUUGAAACAACUCGAGGAAUAUCAAGACAUUGAAGAUACCACAAACGAGACUGCUCUCAUCCAGUUGGAGGGAAGAGAUUUGGUGUACGGACAAAUCAUCCAGUUGUUCCACCCGAAAACCAAUCAAUUCUUGUUUGCCAAACACUACAAUGCCAAGCAUAAUCGCGCCAGCGCGCACACAGAAUCGCCAGGACGGCGCCAAAGUCCAGCAGUCGGACUUGGUGCUGCUGCGUCACGAGAAGACAGUGUACCAAGUAUUAGCAUUAACAAUACAAGUAUCAAUAUGUCUGGUGGAAUUCCAAUUGGUUCCAGUAGCAAUGAAAUUUCAUCUUCCGAUUCCAACAAUUUCAAAGAAGACAUUCCACUGAUACUCGUUCCGGAAUCCGAGAAAUACUCGCCAAAUUCCACCUUUUAUUUCGUUCCCAAAGAACAAAAUACAAUCGAACACGUAACAUAUGGAUCAUUCGUAAGAAUACAAUCACUCUCCAAAUAUUGGUUACAUUUUAUCAAUGAUGAAACAUUCUUUCAUAAUGGUGAUCUUGUUGGAACAAAGAAAUUCUUUAAAUAUGAUGAUUUCCAAAUUAAACCGAUACCGAAAUCACAGAUGGAAGAUUACAAGUUUGUUAGUAGUAGGAUGACAAAGAUUGGACAUUUCGUAUCGCCUCAGGAGUUGCGGAAGAAGAUAUCGUUACAAGAGCUGCGGUUUAUUCUGAUAGAGUUGAUCAAGUUUUGUACGCAAUCCGAUGUGGAGGAUCCACUGGAACGUGAGGGUACACCGAUAAAAACACAUCAAUCACUACUGGCGACUUCACAUAAUCUGAAAAUACUGUUGGAUUUGCUCAAUAAGUUCUUCAAUCCUCUCGAUCCUCUCACCAUAAGCUAUGUCUAUCGUAUUUUCAAACAGAUUUCGAAAUCAAAUGUGAAGAUUGGUAUCACAGUCAAUCGACAUGUCAAGGCAAUCUCUGGACCACUGGAACUACGUGAACGAGCUGUUUCAUUUGGAUUGGGUGCAGUCCUACUGGAUAUCUAUAAGAACAAUCAUAUUCUCUUAGAGAAUUUGAGUGAGGAGAAAGUCAUUGAGUUUGUCGACGCGAUACGACAGACACGCGAUCCCAAGUACAUGGAGCUACUCAGUGAGAUCUGUGUGUGUAACAACAAACCGAUUGUAAAGAACCAACAGUAUCUUUGUGACCAUCUACUCGAGAAGAAUACAGAUCUGCUGCUGAAAACACGUGUCACUUCGCAGGUGGAGAUCGAAGUGAAGCCGGGACAAUGGAUGUCGAUGGCCGACUUUAUGAGUAAGGGCGACGAGAAGACACAACGCUACUUUGAGCAAUCGUUGUCGCUCUAUGCCAAUGUUUCACGUGGACGUAACUACAAUGGUAUCAGACUGGUUGGACAGUUUGCAUCGUACAAAGAAUGCUUCCUCUGUCUGAAGGACGAGAAUCUGCCGUAUACACUUCGUGGCAGCUACACCAACGUCGUCAUCCACAAGGACAUGGAUUGCGACCCACAGAAACCAUACGCAAAGAUCACCUACUUUUGGAAUCCACUCGAUCAAACCAACGCUAUCGAACAGCAACGUCAGAGUACACUCGGAAGAAACACCAAAUCAUCGGAUACCAUUCGUCAGCAUGGAUCUGUCAACGGAACCAAUAAUCUAACUGGAAACAACAGCAACAGCAAUAACAACAACAACAAUAGUAACAAUAGCAAUAAUAAUAGUAAUUUCGGUAGUUAUAAUAAUAAUAACAAUAGUUUAGCAAGUAUGAACGGAUUUGGCUAUUAUAAUAACAAUAUCAAUGGUUCCAAUAUGGCGCUGGCGUCGUCCGGUGGCGGUGGCGAAGACGAUAUCUUCACAAUGUUUCCGCCAAUGACCGAACCUCUCCAUGUUUCGGAUCCAUCGAAUAUCUCACAGUUCCUAAUGAACUAUGUCCUCAGACCAGAGAAUUUCAGCUGGGGAUUGAUGUAUUCCUCGAACAUCUCGCUGCAACGGCCACAAUGGGGAUUCUUCCAUAAGAUCUUGAUAGCUGCCAACUAUGCUUUCAAAUUUGGAUUCUUCAAGCGAAAGGAACGUAUUCUGCUGAAUCGGUUGAAAGAUAUUUUGGAGGUACAAUCGAGUGAUGCGUCGGGCGGUGAGGUGCAAUCCACUGACUUGGGUCGUACGAUGGGUGGUUCGCGUCUGCUCGAAGACGAUUCAUCGAUAUUGGUUGCCAUAAAAAUCGAGAUUCUUCAGAUCCUACACCAGAUGCUGAGUCUUCAGAAGAAAGCGAUAUUCGAACAGUUCCUCAAUGAGAUGUCGCUCAACGAACAGGUGCAGCAGACAGCCAACAACCGUAGUAGCAGUCUGGACGUCACCGAUUCCGAGGAGCAGAUAAAGCGGCUGCUGAUCAACAAACUCGAUGGUACUGCACUAAACUCACAGAAACCAAUGCCAAAUCAUCGAAAUCCAUUCAUUUCAACACUGUUCGCCCAGUUGAAACACGAGAACAAUAUUCUGACGUCGUUGGUUCUCUCCUUUUUGAAUAGAAUCUAUAAGUAUCAGAAUGGAUACGCUCAACUCUAUCAUCCCAUUCGUAAAUUGAUGAUUCUACCAGCGGCGAACGUCAGCAACAACAUCUACUCGCAAUCCAUCAAGAAAAUGGAGGAGAUCACCAAGUGUUGUUCGAAUCUACUGACCAACAACGAGACGGAAGAGGUGCUAAAGAUUCUCGCGUAUUUCAUUCAUAUGUGUGAAGCUGGUGAUGCCAAAGCGCAAAAGAAUCAGAAUAUGCUCAAGGUGAUUGGAAUUCACAAGAGAAUCAUCGGUAUCUUAAAGAUGGGAUGUACUCUGGAGAAUCUCGUCGAUGAGCGAGGUGAAGUCUGUUCGCUGUUGAGCACAACCGCCAACAACUCUGGAGGAAUAGGAUCGAGUGGAAUUCAAGGUGGUAAACUCUCGAUGGAUAGUUCAUUCAGUAGUAUCCAUUCGUCGUCGAGCAACACACCAACCCUGGAAACUCAGCGAAUUCAACAAUCUUGUUUUGCCGCCAAGAUAUUCCGCUCGUGCUACGAAUUCUUCCGUGCAUUCUGCAAGAAUAAUCCAUCGAUUCAACAGCUACUCUAUGGAUACAUAGAGUUUCUCAUCGGUCAUUUGAUUCGCUAUGGCAAUAUUUUCGGUACUAUCGAGACGCUGAUGGAGAUCUUCAAGAACAACAUCAAGCUUUGUGUAUCGUUUGGAGAGUCGCCCUAUAUGAAACUGUUGAUUGAAUUCAUUAUUCAUCAGGAUGUCAAGGAUGUCGAUCCAGUAUUCCUCCGAUUCCUCAACAUGAUUAUGAAGCCAAGUGGCUACAGCGCAGUGACAGAGAUUCAAAUAUCGAUUUCCAAUCUUCUCAAGGAGUAUCGUCCGGUCAUUGCCAAAUGGCUACUUCCAUUCUCCACCGUCAAGGAGGUAAUGAAAGAACCAAAAGGUGCAACCAUCUCCAAAUUCCAUAAAUCCAACAACAGUUCAACCUACAAACUACAUGCAUGUCUACAAGAAAUUCUAUUACAAUCUCUUCAAGAACAUCAACAAGAUGGUGCUGGUGGAAAUAAUAAUAAUAACAACAACAAUAGUAACAACAAUAAUAGUAGUUCUAUUUCAGUUAGUUCUGUAAAGACAACAAAUAUGUCACAGUCGACUCAACCGAAAUUGAUGAGAUCCACUGCCAAACAUAUGUUGGUAACAUCGAUGGAAGAAGUUCUACCAAGAGAAUUUGUUAUCAAUUUGGAACUGGUUUGGUUACUCUCUGUUUGUAGCUACGGAAGAAACACUCCAACCGAAAUUAUUUGUCGUGAUUUCAUUACGAUGCACGACUGUUUCGAAGUGUUGGUGGUGAGAACCGAUGGAACAGGAAGAGAAGCAAGCUCCCUGAUGAUUCACGAUACCAAAGAGUAUCUCGAACAGAAUCUUCAAUUCCGUUUCAAGAGUGCCUACGUUUCAUUCUUGCACGAAGUUUACUUCAAUUCCGAUACGUUGAAGGGUGAUCUACUGGCACUGCAACUCAAUGAGAAUCUCUGGAAUCUUAUCGACCAGUUCACCAACCAAUUGAAAUUCCUCUACACUUGCUAUAGCACCGAUCGAUUGUCGUCCGAUUACUUCCUGAUGAUGUCGCGUUCCAUCAUUCUCCCGAUGAUCUCCAUACUGGAGCGUUUCUACUCACAGUGUUUCUACUUUGACAAAGCAACACAGAAACAUCUGCUCUACAGCAGUGUACUCAUGGGAAAUCUAUUGAAAUUCUACAGUGUCGAUGAAUCCAUUCGUGUUCCAAUGAGAGCGAGUCAACAACAAGCAGCAGCCAACGGUAAUAGUAUCAACGGAUCACUAUCGAACAACAAGAAGACUCUACUUCAACAAACUCAAAGCGAUGAAGAUCUACCGAGUUCAGGUGGAAUUCAUCCGAUUCUUAUGAAUUUGGAUUUGGAUGAGAAGAUCAAUUUGUUGGUAUCGCUCGUCAAAUGCUUAAAGUCGAUGGAUCGUUCUGCCAUCUCACCGACUUCCACGCCUGGCAUUUCAGUGUCGUCCGUCUCUGAGGUUAUCAAGGGUUGCGAGGAAAUCAUUGCUAGACUCGACCGUCAGAAUUCAAAGUGGGCACGUCAACGCUCAGAGACCACAGACGACUCUGUCACGCUGAUCUCCAAGCAAUCAUCGACCUAUCUCUACGACCAGAAGGAACAUCCAAUGCUAAAGCUAUUCAGAGAGCGUGGAUAUCAACAACUGGCGUUGAUCGUCCUCGAGAAAGAUGACAAAGCACUCAAUGCUUUACUCUCUGGUACUGACUCGGCAGGUGGAAAAGUAGCUGUCAACACAUUCCUCGAGAUCCUGGUGUUCCAACUCCGUAACACUCUCUAUGAGAACAACUCUCUGAAGCUACAUUGCAUUAGGAUUCUACUGUCGGUGUUGGAAUCACACCCGCAGAAGAAGAGGAUCAUGCAGAAUCAACUGACAGAGAUGUAUUGUCAUUCCGCGUGUAUCGGUUUGAUCGGUUCGAAAUCUCACGACGUUGCUCUGGAAGCGCUGAAUCUGCUGUUGGCGCUACUCGAGGAGCAGUCAGACCCGACCAACCCUGUUCCCAAUGAAUAUGUGAAGGAGUCGAUCCAAACCUAUUUCUCAUCGUCUCCGGACAUCCAGUUUUUCAAGCAUAUCUACGGCAUGAUGGAGCGUGCCAAACUCUCACUGCGUGACACCAAGAGAAAUCUCCGAAUGGAGAACAUCAAGCACAAUAUCUCUGGUGGUCUGGUGUUUGAACGUGGCAACACAAUUCUCGGGUUGGUUCACAAACACACCGAUAUCGACCAGGUAGUCGAUACCAACCCGUAUGCCACAGAGUUUUUGAUUAUGUCGAAUAUCUUCAGGGUGUUGCAGCUGUUGUGUCAGGGAUCGAGCAGUCUUUUCAAAUCUUACAUUCGUUGCCAACCGGACAACUACAAGUCAUACGAUCUCCUGCGUGAAUUGUGCCAAUUCCUAAAGAUUUUGGAAACCAUUGUCAACAUCGAUUUGGAUUCCAUUAAUUUGGCAUCGCGAUUCUUCUCUUGUCUCAAGGAGAUUGUAAAGCAUACGCCUGAGAAUCAGAUUGCCGUUACCAACGUUCAGAUGUGCAAGGCCAUUUGUAACAUCUUGCGAAAGAGUGAUAUCGGUGGUGAUCCAGUCAAGAAUGAAAAGUACUUGGAUCUCAAGAUUGAGAUUAUGGAUUUCCUGUUGCAUGUGGUCGAUCGUGAAGAUCAGCGAGUGGUCAGUCGCAUGAUUGAAGAACUAGAUUACUCAGUGAUCGAAGAGAACACCAAUAUGCUCGGUGGAUCGGGUGGUGGCAGCAAGACCGACAAUGAAAAAGCCAUCAAACUGGCAGCGAUGUCGUUCCGUCUGAUCAAGAUCCUCGCGGACAACGACACCUCCCAGAAUCGCCAGUUGGCCGAUUGUCUCCAGGCGUGUGGUGAGCAUUGUCGAUCUCGUAUCGGUCGUGUCGAAAUGUUCCACAAUUCCAAGCUGGAGCGUAUCUACUUCCCGAUUCCUUCGUACAGUCGUCGUUUGAUUCUUCAGGCCAAGGAGCAAUCAAAGAUCAAAAACGAUGAAAAUGAACUACAGAAAGACAUGGAGGACUACAUGAUCAACAAUGAAAUCAACUGGAACAAAUCGGCAGAGAAACUCGACGCCUUUAUGGUUUGGUCAGAGAUCAAGCUGAUCGAGCUGGAGCACCGACACCAAUUGAAACAAGCGCCAAUCUCCUACUUCAUAUCGAAUCAUUAUAACAAGUGGGCGUAUAUCAACUUUGCUUUGGCAAUAGUCAUAAAUAUUCUACUGAUUAUCUAUGGUACCUCUGGAACCACCAGUUUCCAGGAUUCCUCAAACUUUGGUGCCACCCUCUUCCGAGCAACCAUCUUACCACUCUCCAUUCUCCAAACCAUAUUCAGUCUGCUUACGAGUGUAUCUUAUUUCAUUGGAAAUGCAGCCGUAACAGUUUAUAAAGGUUGGAUUAAAUAUUUAGAGAAUCAAAAGUCAUUCAUGUUAAGAACUAACGCAGAAAGAAUGCAUUAUGUUAGAUCUAAUUUCUCAUUUUGGAGGUAUCUAUUCAUUAAUAUAAGACAUAUAAUGACGGAUGCCAAAUCAGUAUAUUUUAUUUUCUCUGUAAUAUUCUCAUUCCUUGGUCUAUAUAAUCCUUUGUUCUACUCAUUCCAUAUAUUCCAAAUAACUUUGAAAACAAAAGCACUUAGUAUUGUAAUUAGAGCAAUCAAUAUUAAUAAAGGAACUUUAAUAUUGAUGGGUGCAUUCAUGAUCCAAGCUACCUAUGUACUUUCUAUUUUCUCUUAUGCAUUCUUUGCUGAAUUCUAUGUAAAUGGUGAAGGAAAUUUCUGUUCUACAUUAUACCAAUGUUUCCUUGGAAAUAUUUUCUAUGGUGUUCCAACAUCUGGUCAAUUAGUACAAUUUGUUAUUUUCAAAUUUGAUCAAGCCUAUUCAAAUAAUGGAACAGCAUUUGUAUUGGCCUGGACAGUCUUUUGUGUUGUUUUCUAUGUGGUGACAUCCAUUUUCUUGUUGAAUGUAAUUCUUGGUAUCAUCGUAGAUACGUUUGGUCAGCUCCGUGAUCAACGUGCUCUCACUGAAGACUACAAAGCAAACAUCUGUUUCAUUUGCUCUAUCGAUAGAGAAACCUUCCAGAAGAAAGGUAUCGAUUUCAACAAGCAUGUCGAAGAUGAUCACAACAAGUGGUACUAUCUCUACUUCUUUGCCUACCUGAAGGAGCGUGUCAUCAACAAACAACAGAACCAAUUCUCUGACUCUGAGUUGCAUGCACUUCGAAAGAUUGAAACAAACAAAUCUCUAUCGCUCUUCCCAGUGGAGGCUUCGAUUUCACUCCAAGGUGAACACCAAAAGAGUGACUCUAUGAUCCAAGCCAUUCAAGACAUGGAAGCCAAGAUUGCCACCAACGUUUCAUCACAAGUAAACACCACAAUUGCAUUGCUUAUCGAUGAGAUUAAAUUACUUCGCCAACAAGUGAAUGAUCUUUCAAAUAAAUAA